CGAUGGCCUGGUUUUCUGCCGAUAUUUGAUCACAGAAGAAAAAGCUCGACCAAACAUGAGUAGUACUUACGAGGAUUUCGUCCUACACGUCACACCGGAGAAGUUCCACAUAGAGGCGUGUGAUGCUGAAGACGGUUCCGUUAGUGUUCUGGUUAUUGACCGGGUGUCAGCAGAGAUGACCCUCGCCGGGAGGCGGGACCUUCCUGGGUCAGCUGAGACUCGACCAAUAUGUGGAAUCAUGGGAACCAUACGUUUGCUGGCAGGAUUGUAUUUGGUAGUCAUCACAAAGAGGACAAAAGUGGGAGAUUUGCUGGGCCAUGCUGUUUGGAAAGCCUCUGAGUUUGACAUAAUCUCUUACAAGAAGACAAUUCUGCACCUAAACGAUGACCAGAUGCAAGACAACAAGACAUUAUUCUCCAUGAUCAACAACGUGCUUCACACUGACGCCUUCUACUUUGCUACUAGUUACGACCUUACUCACACUCUGCAGCGACUAGCGAACACCAGCCCAGAGUUUCAGGACCUGAACCUUCUAGAGAGG